CUUAGACCCGAAUAAUUUUCCGACAAAACCUAACCCUAAUUCUUCAAUGGCCAGCGAUUCCAAUGAACCUUCCCGUCGCAAACACCAUCGAUCUUCUCCUUCCGAUGAGGAUACCGGAGAACCAUUGAAACGCCGUAAGCACCGACACCAUCAUCGUCACCACCGUCACCAUCGCCAUCAUAGUAAGAAGCACCUAGAGAAAUCCGAUUCGAAAUCCGAGAAGGAAAUGGUUAAAUCAAAAAGUGAGAUUGAGAACGGAGGUAAACCAGGAGAAGAGAUUAGGAUUGGUACUGUUGUUGGUGUUUCUACUUUAGGGAUUGAUUAUGAUAUGGAGGAAGGAGAAAUCAUUGAGGAUGAUAUUGUGGAUACUGCUGCUGUUGGUGAUGCUGAUGAGAAUACCGUGGCCGAAAAAUUGGGGAAUGAAGAUGAUUUGAACAUGGAAUUGCAUGAAGCUCAAGGACAAGGGCCUGCAGACAAUGUGGAAAAAGUUGACAGAGAUUCCACUGUUUCAGGACGGCAUGAUGAGCAAAGGCAAAGUAGAAAGGCAGAUAGUUCUAGAGAAAGAAAGUCCAGAGUCAAGCAUUCUGCCAAUGGUAGUCACAUAGAUGAAUUUCAUAAAUUGGAGUCUAAACCACAGAAAGAAGAUAGUAUCGCUGGUGAAGAAAGUACAAAACAAAAGAGCUAUCAUGAGGAUGAAAGUGAUUUACAGGAUCAAAUAAUAAAAUCCUUAACUCCUGAAAAUGUUGGGAAGAGGCAUAAAUCUGUUAGGGUAUCAUCUUCACAUUAUGAGCACCCUGAAGAGAGACAUGUUACAAAGUCAUCCAAGUCACCUGAUCGCUCCAGAGGAAGAUCACGAUCAAAAAGUGUUCUGGAGGAGUCUUUCCUUGUACCUAAGUCUCGUGAGAUAGAUGACACAUAUGAAAAGGAAAGCAGAUAUAGAAGUAACUUUGAUGAUGAAAAAAUUGGAUACAACCGGGACUAUCGACAUGGAAGCCGAGAGUCUUCAAGGGAUAGGGAAAAGGAGCAUAAUUCUUGUAACAGUAGAUCCUCUAGAGACAGGUAUUAUAACAGGGAGAGUGUUGAUAGAUUUCGGGAGAGUAUGGAGAAUGACAGGGAGCGUGAGUUGGCUAGAGAAAAGCGAAGGGAGAGCGAUAAGGAGAGGGAAAGAGAGAAAGCUCGAGAUAGGGAAAGGGAUAGAGAAAGAGAAUAUGAGAGGGGGAGAGAGAGGGAAAGGGAGAGGGAGAGGGAAGAGAGAGAAAGGAGGACUAGGGAUAGGGAAAGCAGGGGACGUAGUAGGGAGGCAGAUAGGGAUAGAAAUAGCGAUAGGUACAGCAGGCAGCAGGAUGACAGUCUUGCUUAUAAUAGACGUAAUAGACAUUAUGAGACUGACAUUGAGAGAGAAAGGACAAGUAAUCACUUUAAAACUGAGACCACAAAGCAACAUGCUGUAGAGACAGAGAGUGAGAGAUCUAAAAGAGAUAAAGUUGAGCAGGAGGAUUAUCAGGAAAAAGUUGUUUUCCAGCUUGCUGAACAGGAAGAAGAAGAUGAACUCGAUAGAAUUAAGGAGGAGAGCAGAAGGCGAAGGCAAGCUAUUCUUGAAAAAUAUAAGAUAAAGAACUCACAGAAGGAACAAGUAACUCAAUCUGGGGACGUUGUUGAGAUUCACAUGGAGCAGUCAACCCAAAAACCGGCAGCCAGACAGAAUGUUGUGCAAGAGUCUAUUGAUGCUAAAAGCAAUGGUGCAGAUGUCGAGCCAACAUUUUCUGUUGGGAAAUCACCUCUGCAGGGUGGUCAUAUUGGUGAUGUGCAGGCUUCUGGAGCUGGUGGACUGGGACAGGGUACUCCAAAGAGUGAGAGGUCGGCUGACAUGUUUUGUGACGAUAUAUUUGGAGAAUCGCCUGCUGGCAUCAGGAAGAUGGGCAAAGGAGAUGGUGUAGCAGUUGAGCGCAGUGGCCUUCAUGAUAACUGGGAUGAUCCGGAAGGGUAUUAUAGUUAUCGGUUCGGAGAAAUUCUUGAUGGCCGUUAUGAGAUUGUUGCUGCUCAUGGUAAAGGAGUCUUUUCUACUGUUGUCCGCGCUAAAGAUCUCAAGGCUAGACCUGGUGACCCUGAGGAAGUAGCAAUAAAAAUGAUACGCAAUAAUGAAACAAUGUAUAAAGCAGGUAUGGAAGAGUUGGUCAUUCUGAAGAAGCUAGUUGGUGCAGAUCCUGAAGACAGGCGCCACUGUGUUCGUUUUAUUUCUAGCUUCAAGUACCGGAAUCAUCUCUGUUUGGUUUUUGAGUCUCUUCAUAUGAAUCUCCGUGAGGUUUUGAAGAAGUUUGGACGUAACAUUGGACUCAAACUCACUGCUGUGAGGACGUACGCAAAGCAACUUUUCAUUGCUUUGAAGCAUUUAAAAAAUUGUGGUGUGCUUCAUUGUGAUAUUAAACCCGACAACAUGUUGGUAAAUGAAGCAAAAAAUGUGCUGAAGCUUUGUGACUUUGGUAAUGCUAUGUUUGCUGGAAAAAAUGAAAUUACUCCUUACCUCGUGAGCCGUUUUUACCGUGCUCCAGAGAUCAUUCUUGGCUUGUCGUAUGAUCAUCCAAUGGAUAUAUGGUCAGUGGGUUGCUGUUUGUUUGAGCUCUAUGCUGGGAAAGUGUUAUUUCCAGGUCCAACUAAUAAUGACAUGCUUCGUCUUCAUAUGGAAUUGAAAGGUCCAUUUCCAAAAAAGAUGCUUAGAAAGGGUGCAUUUACAGAACAACAUUUUGACCAAGAUCUCAAUUUUCUUGCCAUCGAAGAGGAUCCUGUUACAAAAAAGGCUAUAAGGAAGCUGAUUGUUAAUAUCAAGCCAAAAGAUAUCAGUUCAAUAAUUUUGGGCUCUCCAGGUGAAGACCCAAAGAUGUUGGCUCACUUCAAAGAUCUUAUGGAGAGAAUUUUUGUGUUAGAUCCAGAAAAGAGAAUGACUGUUUCCCAGGCAUUGAGCCACCCAUUCAUCACGGGCAAGUGAAUGACAACAAUGAUUUUAUGACUAGGGACAUACUGUUGCACUAGAUACUAGUGUAUUAUGAUCAUAUGAUCUUAGUUUAUUUUCAGUUCUCUAAUCAUUGGGCUUUAUAUGUCUUUAUCUACUAUCAUGGGUUAAGUGCUUCGGAGAUUGGCAUGGUUGAAGUUGCAGAGAAGAUUGCUGAUUUUGGGAGAUCUAUAUCUUGGCAGUUCUUUCAGUGCAAUGUUUUCUGUUCUAUCGUAAGAUAACUUGCCAAAGGCGUUUUUCCCUUCUGUACUAAUUCUUGAUGGUGACAUUAUAAAGAGCUUCAUACAAUUUUAAAAUAGUGAUCAUGUCUCAAGUGGUACUUUGGACUCAAGUCUUGAGAGUGGAGAAUAACUUGUGCCAAAAUAGAUAUUGACAGAAGCAUGGUUAUUCAUAUGUCUCUGUAAAUAAACACAAUGAAUUAGCUGUUCACUCUGAAUGUAGAUUGGGAUCUGUCUUAUUA